AUGGACCCGGAAUACGCGUCCUACUAUACCAAAGAAGUCACGGUGAUCCUCAUUCGUGAGUUCCAAACCUCAGACGAAGAAAUCGUCUUCAAGGUCGUUAAACAAUGCACGGCUACCGAGGGUGUUACUCUUGGCUACAUCAAGCGCGACAUCCUCCCUGAUUUCUUCAAAUCGUUCUGGGUUCGUUGGAUGGCCCUUGAUCGGAGGAACUAUCGUCAAGUCGUUGAAACAACAGUCGAACUUGCCGAGAAAGCUGGUGUCGCAGAAAUUGUGGGUAAGAUUGUGAACGAGUUGAAGGAUGAAGCGGAGCCUUACCGCAAGAUGGUAAUGGAAACAAUCACCAAUGUCGUGGAGAAGCUCGGCGCCUCUGACAUCGACAAGCGUUUGGAGGUGCGCCUCGUUGAUGGUAUCAUCUAUUCGUUCCAAGAGCAGACGACGGAAGACCAAGUCAUGCUGGAUGGCUUCGGUACCGUCGUCAAUGCUCUCGGCAUUCGCGUUAAACCAUACCUCACCCAAAUCGUUUCCACCAUCCUCUGGCGCUUAAACAACAAGAGUGCCAAAGUUCGUCAACAGGCUGCUGAUCUCACAACUCGUCUUGCCAUCGUCAUCAAGCAGUGUGGCGAGGACCAGCUGCUGAGCAAACUCGGGCUUGUGCUUUUCGAACAGUUGGGUGAGGAGUAUCCUGACACUCUUGGUUCCAUCAUCGCAGCCGAGGGAGCGAUUGCCAAUGUUGUCGGUAUGACCCAAAUGAACCCACCUGUCAAAGAUCUUCUUCCCCGAAUGAUACCAAUUCUUCGCAACAGGCACGAAAAGGUGCAAGAAGCUUCGAUCAACUUGAUUGGUCGUAUCGCGGAUCGCGGGGCUGAGCCCACAAAAAGGGCAUUCGUCGAGCAGCCCGUCAACACAUUUGGCUAUAUCGCCAGAAGUUUGGGGCCUCAAGAUGUCUUGUCCGUUUUGCUGACCAAUCUUCGCGUCCAAGAGCGCCAGAGCCGUGUAUGCAGCACAGUUGCAAUUGCGAUCGUCGCAGAAACGUGUGGUCCUUUCACCUGCAUCGAUGCCUUUUUGAACGAAUAUCGAACAGCCGAGCUCAAUGUUCGGACAGGCUGUCUAACAGCCCUUUCUUUCGUCUUCGAAUAUGUUGGACCACAGUCAGCCUAUUACCGUGAUUCAGUCGUCACAAUGCUUGAGGACGCACUCACCGACCGUGAUCUGGUUCACCGACAAACAGCAAGCACCAUUGUCAAACACCUUGCUCUUGGUGUUGCUGGAUUAGGUUGCGAAGACUUCGAUGAUGCAUCUGAUGAACUUGUCAUGGACGCUAUUGAGGCAAUGCGCGUCACACUUGGGCCAGGCGUUCUCCUCAGCUAUGUUCUUCAGGGUCUCUUCCAUCCUGCCAGAAAAGUCAGGGAGGUUUAUUGGCGCAUCUAUAACGCGCUCUAUCUCGGAGCAGCUGACGCCUUAGUUCCUUUCUAUCCAGACCUUGGUGAACUGAGUGAAGGACCCAACGCUUACAAUCGCAGUGCCCUUCAAGUCUUUAUUUGA